ACUCUGUCAUAGGUCAUGAACAUAAGAAAUAAUGCAAGAUGCUUGUCCCAGCCUUCUCUGUUGGUAAUAUCAAGGAAAUGACGCCGCACUUUUAUCAGAUUGCCCUUCCGAGACGGACUUCGUUCGGAAAUCGGGUGGUCAUCGAAGACCGUCGAUAUGCAUCGGUGGUUCAACCGUGCUAGUGUUGAACGUAUCAGUCAAGGUGGUCUCGGUGCCUCUCUUAAUGUUUCGGAGGAUGGGAAUGCUCCCCACCCGUACGGUAAUGCCAUGAGAGCUUAUAUACCCCUGCUCACCCAACUUGUGCCGCUUUUGACGCUAAUGCCAUAUGCCCGAAAUGUUGGUUCCGCUCGUUUCAGAAGAUGGCUAGUCGGUUUGAUUCCUGUCCCCAUGGUCCAAAGGUUCAAGGCGAUUAUUGAUACCAUGGAUACCCAAGCUCGCAAUAUUUAUGCCACUAAAACUGAGCGUAAAUCUCAUAUGCAGGACGGUGGCAAGGACAUCAUGAGUAUUCUCUCUAAAGUCAACGCACAAACCCCAGAGCAUAGCCGUUUAAGUGAAGAUGAGUUGCUCGGUCAGAUGUUACUCCUCAUUUUCGCGGCUACAGAUACUACGGCCUCGAUUCUGAUGACCGCGUUCCAAUUGCUCGCGCAGUGUCAAGAUAUUCAAGAUAGGAUCAAAGCGGAGAUCCUUGCUGCUCAUUACCAGUAUGGCGAAGAAAUUCCUUACGAACAGCUCAUGGCGCUGCCUCUUCUGGACGCUGUAUGCCGCGAGACUCUUCGCCUACACCCGCCUGUGCCAUAUUUGAUACGACAAGCCAGGAGAGACCUUGUUUUGCCUCCGUCGAAGCCUCUUGUAGGCAAGGAUGGAACCAUUCUGCAAGAAGUCUCCGUCCCAAUGAAUACCUUCAUCAUCGUGGCAGUUCGUGGAGCUAACUUCAGCCGGGACAUUUGGGGAGAUGAUGCAGAACAGUGGAAGCCUGAGCGCUGGAUCGAGCCAUUGCCAGCUUCCGUAUCCGAGGCUCGUAUGCCUGGAGUAUUCUCGCAUAUGAUGACAUUCAAUGGUGGGGCUAGGUCUUGCGUUGGAUACAAGUUUUCUCUCCCAGAAAUGAAGGUGGUAAUAACCAUGCUUUUGGUAUCAUUCAAAUUCUUUCCAUCUGACAUUGACAACGACAUCGUCUGGAAUCUGGCUAUUGUUAGAUACCCAACGGUUGGGAAGCAAUCCGAUCGAGCCUCACUUUCCAUGACUGUCGUCCCCCUUUCUGCUCAAGCUGACGACAUGGAGUAACAUACUACGUAAUUCUCAUUCUCAUUCUGACUUCAUGAUUUUCGUAUUCAUUGCUGUAUUUAUCUGAUUCAGAAGUUAUUACUAUAACACAUGCCAUCCGUUGAUGAGCGCAUGACUCGAUGUAUGACCAAAGCCACCUGGGUAGGGGAUACACAAGUUAACCUUAGGCAUGAAGGAUGAGCAGGGUCAUGAAACAUAAGCUACAAAGUAUAGGAACUUUACAACGAGCAUCUCCCGUGAAUUCAUUGCGCUAACCAUU